CUUUAUACACAUGUUACUAUUGUGACAAUUCAAAUUGGAAAAUUUUGUUUACCUUAAUACUUAAUGUAAAAUAAAAAAUCCCAAAACUAUUUGGGACAUUAACAAAUUUCAAAUCUAUGGUAUACAGAAGGCGUUGGUACGAGUUUUUUAAGAUAAUUAGACUUGUUUCCUCAGUUAUCACCAUGGAGUGGAAUGAUAAGAGGGUUAAAUUGUCAGUGGAUCCAAUUUAUAAAAAACUGAAGGAUUAUUGCUGUAGACAUGGGGAACAAAUCAAUAUAUCAGAGCUUUUUAAAGAAGAUCCUGAUAGAUUUAACAAAUAUAGCCUAAAAAUUAAAACACCAGACGAUGGGGAAAUCUUAGUUGACUUCUCAAAAAAUAGAAUAAACGAUGAUGUGUUCCAGAUGCUCAUUAAACUGGCUACCUCCAGAGGAGUAUUAGAAUCUCGAGAUGCUAUGUUCAAAGGAGAAAAAAUCAACAUAACUGAAAACAGAUCAGUUCUACAUGUGGCUUUAAGGAAUUUGUCGAAUGAACCAAUAAUGGUUGACGGUAAAGAUGUUAUGCCUGAUGUUAAUGAUGCUUUGAAUCAUAUUCGAUAUUUCUGUGAAAGAAUUCAUUGCAAUGAAUGGUUAGGCUACACUGGUAAACCAAUUACAGAUGUUGUAAACAUUGGCAUUGGAGGUUCAGAUUUGGGCCCUUUGAUGGUUUGUGAAGCUCUAAAGCCUUAUUCUGUUGGUCUCAGACCACACUUUGUUUCCAACAUUGAUGGUACCCAUAUAGCUGAAACACUAAAAAAAUGUUGUCCUGAGACAACUCUAUUUGUAAUCUCCUCGAAAACAUUCACCACUCGAGAAACAUUAAGAAAUGCUUAUACUGCUAGACAAUGGUUUUUAGAUUCUGCUGGAAAUGAAGCUCACAUUGCAAAACACUUUGUUGCUGUUUCAACAAAUAAAGAAAAGGUGAAGGAAUUUGGAAUUGAUGAUAAGAAUAUGUUUGUUUUCUGGGAUUGGGUGGGAGGAAGAUAUUCGGUAUGGUCAUCAAUUGGACUGUCUGUUGCUCUGAGUAUUGGAUAUUGUAACUUUGAAAGAUUUUUAGGUGGUGCACAUUUUAUAGACAAUCAUUUUAAAACAGCUCCAGUUGAGCAAAAUAUUCCCAUAAUAUUAGCCAUGAUUGGUAUUUGGUAUUCUAAUUUUUAUGGUGCAGAAACACAUGCUAUUCUUCCAUACGAUCAGUAUUUACAUAGAUUUGCAGCAUACUUUCAACAGGGAGAUAUGGAAUCUAAUGGAAAGAGUGUUAAUCGAGGUGGAGAACCGGUGAGUUAUAGCACUGGUCCUGUAAUUUGGGGUGAGCCUGGUACGAAUGGUCAACAUGCAUUUUAUCAAUUAAUACAUCAGGGCACCCGUCUUAUACCUGCUGAUUUUAUAGUCCCUGCAAUCAGUCAUAAUCCCAUUUCUGGCAAUGAACAUCAUAAGAUUUUAUUAGCCAAUUUCUUGGCACAGACCGAGGCAUUAAUGGUGGGAAGAAGUAUUGAUGAUGUUCUAAAAACUGAGAAAAAUGAAACCUUAGCAAAUCAAAAGGUUUUUUCAGGUAAUCGACCAACUAACUCAAUUGUUGUAAAGAAGAUUACUCCUUUCAUACUUGGUGCUCUGUUAGCUAUUUAUGAACAUAAAAUUUUUACUCAAGGAAUUGUUUGGGAUAUAAAUUCGUUUGAUCAGUGGGGUGUUGAACUCGGAAAAGUUUUGGCUCAAAGAAUAGAACCUGAGCUGCAAGGUAACCAGCCUGUUAGUUCACAUGAUGCUUCCACUAAUGGAUUGAUUAAUUUCAUCAAAGCAAGCUGGUAAAGUAAGAACGAUAGUAUGUCUCAGGUCCUCAGAGCAAUUAUAUAUCUUUAUUCUUUUACUUAUUUGAAAAUUUAUAUUUUUGUACUGAGUUUUUUUAAAGUGUUGGAAACUUGGGAAAUAGCAGAAAUAAAAUAAAUUUGCCAUAUCUUACUGUAAGGUAGUUCUUUUACUUUUUCUCUAGUUCCCUUCCUUAUGGUCUGCAUCUUACUAAGUUAUAAUGUUAAAAAUUUUACUAUUAACAGCCAGUUGGUUCUUGUGAACAAUUUGCAUGGUUUAUUGAUCAGUGACUAAAAAGUAAUAUCAUACAGAAAUAAGUAAAUUUCAGGAGAGAAAUUACUUUUUUUUCCCCUGUUGAUUAAAAAGGUUCGUUAUUGAAAAUAUUAAACUAUAAUAUGUGUACAAAGUCCACUAUAUCUUUACUAAUAAUGAUCUGAUUUUGAUUAUUUAUUUUUUUCUGAUUUCUAGGGAGUUUAAUAACCUUAAUUUAAUAAAAAAUAAAUUGUUUGCUUUUUGAAUUAUAA